AUGGCGACAAAUAGUGAAGAUAAAAUAUCAGUUGAUUCUGGACUUGUUCUAAAAGAAAAUCAGAAUAAUGUUAAAUUAAAGUCAGAAAAUCUUUCUAAACAUACUAAAGAUGGUAUUAUUAAUUCUUUUAAUGUUAUUUCUUUAAAUCCGAAAUGUAAUAAUCGAAAUUAUAUUAAUUCUUCGUUAGAACUUUCGAAUGCUGUUAAAUUAAAAGCAGAAAAUCCUGAUGAAUAUUCUGGUGAAGGAAUAGAAAAUCUUGAUAAAAAUUCUGGAGAAGAGUUCGCUGUUAAAGGUGGCUCUAAUGAAAACUCAACUACUAGCAAUAAUAGUUCUGAUUUGAAAAAGACUGAAAAUUCAACUACUAACGAUAAUAGUUCUGAUGUGAAAAAGAGUGAAAAUUCAACUAUCGGCAAUAAUAGUUAUGAUGUGAAAAAGAAUGAAAAUUCAACUACUGACGAUAAUCAUUCUGAUGUGAAAAAGAAUGAAAAUUCAGCUACUGGCAAUAAUGGUUCUGAUGUGAAAAAGAGUGAAAAUUCAACUAUUGGCAAUAAUAGUUCUGAUGUGAAAAAGAAUGAAAAUUCAACUACUGACGAUAAUAGUUCUGAUGUGAAAAAGAAUGAAAAUUCAACCACUGACGAUAAUAGUUUCGAUGAGAACGAGAAAGUUUCAAUUACCGGUUAUUCUAAUGAAAAUUCAACUACUGUCAAUAAUAGUUCCGAUGAGAAAGAGAAAGUUUCUAUUAAUGACAAUGCUUUACAAGAUUCAGAUUCUAUGAACUCCAACGAUGAUUCUAACGAUAAAGCCGCGCAAUAUUCUGGUGCAAUUAAUAUUAAUUAUUCGAUCCUUUCAUUAAAAAAUAUUAGUGUUUUUAUUAUCGUUGCUAUAGCUCUUUGCUAUCCUAAUGAUUGGCCCAUAUUCAGGAAUCUUAUAAACACCGCAGAUUUGCUUUCCAGACAACUCACAGAACUUAAUAUUCCAGAGUCCUCUGUGAUUAUAGAAUAUCGUAUUACAAGCCAAUAUCUUGCCGACAUUAUAAGUCGAAAUGAACCGCCCUCCAGUAACUCCGAUGUGGUGGCACAAUACCUCAAUCAACUUGGGGAUAAAAUAAGUAACUCGGGAGAGGCCAUUGAAAAAAUAUAUCCUGAUGGUAAUAAUGCUUUAAUGGAACUUGGUGCAGAACUGAAAUCAAUCAUUGAUGAAAUCGAACCGGACCAAGUUCUCACAAAAAAAAAUACAAAUUAUUUCGCAGAACGUUGUAGAAAGAUUUUAAGUAUUGUUACUAAUUUACGAGAUAAAUUCCAAAAAAUUAUAAAUGAACUUGAUGAUCUUUAUAAUGGGAUACAUACACACCAUCAACUUUCAAAUGGAAUAAAUGAUGUAGAAGUUUUUUUCGAAAAAAUAACGCCAGAAUUGGAAGAGAGACAUGAUUCCGAACGAUUAAAAAGAGAUUUCAAUUAUUUAAAACAAACAAUGAAGAAGAUUCCUAACAUUCGAUAUCAAAUAAGUUGUCUUUUAUCUGAAUUUAAUAACCAUCGACAGAUGUUGAUCGGAGGAGAUGAGAACGAAGUUAACCUAUAUAGCUGA